AUGUAAAAUUUCAAAUAUUAUAUAUAAACUUUUUAAAUAAAAACACAUUACAAUUCAAUUGGUGAUAAAGGUUCUUCAGGCUUAGGUUCUGGUUUAGCAAAUUGCAUUAAUCUCUCAAAUUUGAAACUUAAUCUUCGUUCGAAUAUAAUUGGUGCAAUGGGUGCAUCAAACUUAGGUUCUGGUUUAGCAAAUUGCAUUAAUCUCUCAAAUUUGACACUUAAUCUUAGUUAUAAUUUAAUUGGUGAUAAAGGUGCAUCAGGCUUAUGUUCUGCUUUAGCAAAUUGCAUUAAUCUCUCAAAUUUGACAGUUGAUCUUUGUUAAAAUUAUAUCGGUGAUGAAGGUGUAUCAGGCUUAGGUUCUGCUAUAGCAAGUUGCAUUAAUCUCUCAAAUUUGACACUUGAUCUUGUUUCGAAUAUUAUUGGUGCAAUAGGUUCAUCAAACUUAGGUUCUGCUUUAGCAAAUUGCAUUAAUCUCUCAAAUUUGACACUUAAUCUUAGUUUGAAUAAAAUUGGUUCAAAUGGUGCAUCAGGUUUAGGUUCUGCUUUAGCAAAGUGCAUUAAUCUCUCAAAUUUGACACUUAAUCUUAGUUAAAAUGAAAUUGGUGAUAAAGGUGCAUCAGGCUUAGGUUCUGCUUUAGCAAAUUGUAUUAAACUCUCAAAUUUAACACUUGAUCUUGGUUCGAAUAAAAUUGGUGAUUAAGGUGUAACAGGCUUAGGUUCUGCUCUAGCAAAUUGCAUUAAUCUCUCAAAUUUGACACUUAAUCUUCGUUCGAAUAAAAUUGGUGCAAUAGGUGCAUUAAACUUAGGUUCUUCUUUAGCAAAUUGCAUUAAUCUCUCAAAUUUGACACUUGAUCUUCGUUCGAAUAAAAUUGGUGCAACGGGUGCAUCAAACUUAGGUACAGCUUUAGCAAAUUGUAUUAAUCUCUCAAAUUUGACACUAUGGCUUUAUGAAAAUUAAAUUGGUGCAAUGGGUGCAUCAGACUUAGGUUCUGCUUUAGCAAAUUGCAUUAAUCUCUCAAAUUUGACACUUGAUCUUCGUUCGAAUAAAAUUGGUGCAAUGGGUGUCUCAAACUUAGGUUCUGCUUUAGCAAAUUGCAUUAAUCUCUCAAAUUUGACGUUUGAUCUUCGUUCAAAUAAAAUUGGUACAAUGGGUGCAUCAGGCUUAGGUUCUGCUUUAGCAAAUUGCAUUAAUCUCUCAAAUUUGACACUUAAUCUUAGUUCUAAUAAAAUUGGUUCAAUGGGUGCAUCAGGCUUAGGUUCUGGUUUAGCAAAUUGCACUAAUCUCUCAAAUUUGACACUUGAUCUUAGUGAAAAUUAAAUUGGUGCAAUUGGUGCAUCAGGCUUAGUUUCUGCUUUAACAAAUUGCAUUAAUCUCUCAAAUUUGACACUUGAUAAUCGAUCUUCUGUUCAGAAUGGGGCCUCCUCUUUACCUCCUAUCAGAUUUGGCCCUUCCCUCCUACCAAGGAGACCGCUGGAUUCGAACCCCCGAUAUCACUGCUAAGACCCUCCGACUCGCCCACUCGAGUCGCUUAGCCCUUCUUUAAUUGGUGAUGAAGGUGCAUCAGGCUUAGGUUCUGCUUUAGCAAAUUGUAUUAAUCUUUCAAAUUUGACACUUAAUCUUCGUGAAAAUUAAAUUGGUGCAAUGGGUGCAUCAGUCUUAGGUUCAGGUUUAGCAAAUUGCAUUAAUCUCUCAAAUUUGACACUUGAUCUUCGGUAAAAACAGUUAAUUUGUUUUGGAUUGUGA